AUGGGUGUAGCAACAAAAUCGAAAUCUAAAAAAAAAGUUAUUAGUGUUGGUGAAAGUAAUGAUAGAAAUACAAUUAAAGAUGAUAUUAGAAAAAGAAUAUUUUCGAUAUUCAACGAUUGCCAAAAUACGAUGACAGUGCACAGACGAGCAGUCGGUAUGAUGACUACUUUGUUGCAUCGUUGUGACGUCAGUGGCCAAUCCGAUCAAUUCAACUCUACUGUAUUGUCGGUAGUCGACAGGGUAUUGGUUCAUUACAACAAGGAUUUGCCAGUGGAGAGAAUCUGUAGAUUCAUCAGUCAGUGGAUUGCUGCAAUCUCUGUAAGAAAUUUAAAUGGCAACAAUGAGCAACAGGAGGUGGAGGAAGAUGAUGAGAGAGAGCAAGAUAGCAGCCAAACCAAUGGAAAUAGUAGUAAAUCAAAGGAUUCUAUUUCACCGGAAAUGAUUCAGUGCCAGGAGAAUUUCAUUGUGACACUGCUCAAGUUCUUGGUUGGAAGAUCGUCGUCACAUGAAAAGUCCGUUCGUUUCAGGUCGACUUUGCUAAUUGCCGAUACGCUCAAUGCACUCUGUGAAGACUACGAGUUUGAUAACCAGCUAUGGGCACAGCUUACCAACUCGAUCAUGAUGAAAUCAUUCGAUCGUCUAGGAGGAAUACGUCGUCAGUCCAUCCAUUGUCUGGCGCGACUUCAAGAUCAUUCCGAUCCAGAUGACCAAGUUACCAACAGAUUAAUUGAAAUGAUAUAUCAUGAUCCCAUACCUGAAAUAAGACAGACUGCAGUAACACAUUUAGUGAUUACAAAAAGAACAUUGAAAAUAAUAUUAGAGAGGACAUUGGAUCAGAAUGUACAGGUUAGAAAAGAAGCAUUCAACAGUAUAGCUACAAAGAUCGAUAUGAAGGUGAUUCCAUUGACUUUAAGAAUGGGACUGUUAAAGAAUGGACUUCAAGAGUCAGAUCCAACCGUCAAAGAGAUUUGUUCAUCAAUGUUGAUAAAUCAUUGGUUAAAAUCAUUGGAUGAUAAUUUAUUUAAAUUAUUACAUUAUUUUAAAGUUGAAAUGUUUGAAAAAGAAACGGAAUUAGCAUUACUCAAUAUUUUCCAACAUGGAAUGUUUUUGGAUCACUAUCAUCAGUUUGAGUGGCAAGCGAUGAACAAUAACCAUGCUAUCUAUCUGCAUGUACUUUCUCCUUCAUUUGUUGAGCCAUCUUCUGCAGAGUGUAAAUCGUCUACCACAAGGAGUAUUGAGCAACCGAGUAGAUCAACUAACGGAGAAGCUAACAGAUGGCAAUACAGAUGA